UUAAAGUCAUGAAGGUCCCUUUGGCCCAGAGCAAACAAUAUCAAUAUGGUUAAGAAAAGGUCACUACACAUUCGGCCAUUGCAAACAUUGAAAUGGGAAUAAUAUGUCCUUGAAUAUCAGCCUCUCCGAAGUAUAGGAGGGGAAAUCACAAAAAGCAUCCCCAUCCCUAGGUACUAAGAAUUAGAUAAUGGACCCAUUUUUAGUCACCCUUUCCAGCCUACAAAAUGAGGUUACUACAUACUCAGGUGAGCCAAAUUUGAGAAAAAGAUGUUGGGGUCACUCUUUGCAAAGACUUCUCUGAAACCAAGCGCCCUUCACCUUUUCCAAUUCAAUCUACAGAGAGGUCUACAUAGUAGAAAUAAGAAGGCUGCGGAGUUCUUAGCACAAGGGUUUAGUGCUAUAAAGGAAGUUGAUAGGGUCAUGGAUAAAUCAGAGCCCAAUAGCCGCCUUCUCAUACCUCUCCUCAGGAAAGCAAAGGAAAACUUUGAGUUAGCUCUGGAGGCUGACAACUCAAACUCCCAUGCUAGGUAUUGGUUGUCCAAAUUGCAUCUCAAGUACCAUGUCCCAGGGGCAUGCAAAGCUAUUGGAGCUGCUUUGUUAGUGGAAGCUGCAGAUAUGGGUGAUGCUGAAGCACAGUAUGAAUUGGGUCGUCGUCUAAGAUAUGAGAAUGAAUAUGUUCAGUCAGGACAACAAGCUUUCUAUUACUUGGAGAAGGCUGCUGACCAGUUGCAUACAGGUGCUCUUUACCUUCUAGCUGCUAUAUAUUUGACUGGGGAUGGCGUGAAGAAGGAUAUGGCCUCAGCAUUAUGGUGUUUCCAUAAAGCAUCGGAGAGGGGACAUGCUGGCGCAGCUAUAGUAUAUGGAUCUCUUCUUCUCAGAGGUGUUCAAUUACCAGAAUCUGUAACAAAAUUGUACAAAACAGCAAGCAAGAGUUCAGGAAGUGCUGUGCUAGAUCCAGUAGAGAUGGCAAAAGAACAGUUUCAGAUUGCUGCAAAAGCAGGGUGUGAGCUUGGAUUCAAAUGGCUGCAAAGACUUGAGGAGGAAGAGAAGCGUUUACUGACCGAAUGACACAUCAACCACAUGCCUCUACAGAUAUUCUCCCUCUUUUCUGAAUGCCAAGAGAAAAGAAAUAAAGAAAAAAGUAUGAGCUCAGGAUCAAUUAAAGAGUGAGGUUACCAUUUCUGAUCAGAGAAUUCAACCAUGCACCCAAAUGGAGUGUCCAUGUUCAAAAUUGCUUUACCUUGUAUUGAGAAUAACUCCAAGUAUUAGCAACAGGACUUUGAUUCAUAAGCCUACGAUUUUCCAUGUAAAAUGCAAGAGUUGAAGGGUUUGGGUGUGGGGCAACCUAGAAAUAGACCAGACCACCCAAGACAGACACUAAUGGAAAAAGUUGAUUGCAGGACUGACUGGGCAAAGGUCCCUAGCCUUUCCCCUAUCGUUAAUAGUGUAAAUGGGAAAAGCCAAGGGCCCUGACUCAAUAUUCACUUCGUCAUGCUCUGGAAAGAUUUACGUUGAA